AUGCAAGAACUUCCCCAUGAUGUAUCUUAUGGUCAACCUUCUAACUUAUCGGCAAUUUCCGACUCAAAAAAGCUGUCGGGGUGGACUGGAAAAUUUUUGGAGCUUGGAAAACUUAAAAAACAAAAACAUUUAAUUGGUGAGGAUUCACUUGACAGAUUGAAAGGCUCAAUUACAGAAUUAAGCAGACAAAUGAGGGAAUCCGCAUUGACACGACCUCGACUUGUUUUAAUUUUUAUAUUUUUAAUUAUUCUUCUGUUGUUUUUUUGGUUCAUUUUCUCGGCGCUUUUUCUUCCAAAAUCUACCUUCUCCUUUUGGUUAUAUCCUCCUAUUUGUGAGGAGUGUCAACGCCGAACAGGCUCAAGCAACAGAUCACCCAGCAGACUUUAUGUUCAUCUACACAGUCCUGCACAAUUACAUUUUGAAUUAGUUGGAAGUCCUCCAUUUAAGUCGAAUAGCUUUACUGCUGUUGAUUUUGACACGGGAUAUGUGGCCGUGGCUGACCAUUCCCUUACUGACGGUGCUGGAAGGCAUAUAAUUUGUUUUAUAAUGCAACUAGAUACAAGUUCAUUACCUAGUAUGAGUUCAGUGAAUAAUGCGCAAUUCACAGUCGAACAGGUCGAUAGAUCAUUUGUCGAAGGUAAAUUUAAGGAUCCAAUCGAAGAUUGUCAAAAUGUUCAGUGGUACUUACUGAAACACACUCUCUACACAAACGACGAAUCGUGCUCCUAUUGUUACGAUUUUUGUCUUCCUGAUUAUGCUGUACUUCGUCGACAAAAAUAUGAGGAUGAAGUGUCGAUUGAGAUACGUCGACUAAACUGUUUUAGGCUCUACGUACCAGAAUGGUCAAAGUUCGAAUUUAAAACAGAUGCAACAGGAGGACAUUUUGCCUAUCCAGUAAACCAGCCACAAAACACACAAAGAGUUGAAAAUGUUAAUUGGGUAAAUUACAAGUAUUCGUCACAACAACAAAGUGGUACAACAGCAAAAUUGUUGUAG